GGCCCCGCUCCGACCUCUACCUUGGUUGUAGCCACUCGUCCAAGCCACUGUAGAACCAUACCAGAAAUUGGUAGAAAAUUGUUGCGCUACCAUCCUUCUGUCAGAGCAUGCCGCAGCUUGAACGGUGUUCGCACUGUGGAUUUCGCGAGAGCGAUAUUCCAUCUGUGCAAAUUCCUCCCCUAGCUUUGGUUGAGGGUCAAGAUGUCUUCCAUUUACUCCGCUCAGGAAACCCCACUUUCGGUGUCGACCCGACAGCGCUUGAGGAAAACAUUGCACUCCUGCAAAAAACCGUUGACGAUUUGGACCACCGUCUGAAGCACCUCAACGCAUUAGGAUAUCGUAUCUACGAGGAACGAGAAAAAAUCUCGAAACACCUUGCAGCCAAGCGUUCACUUCUUUCUCCCAUUCGACGCCUUAAUCGUGAUGUACUGCUCAUUAUAUUUUCGUAUGCAUGCGACUGGAAAUUCGCUGAUGAGAAGACCAGCUCCAGUCUCGACGUGAAGCAUGCGCCAUGGAUAUUUCUUCACGUCUGUCACUGGUGGAGGCAUAUCGUCUCGUCUUCCCCGUCACUGUGGUCGACAGUUAGGCUUGUCCAGUCCCAAAAUUCAGUCCUACCGCGCCACGCCCUAUAUAUUGUCAGGCUACAGCUUCAGCUGUCGCGCAAUUCGCCUUUGAAAUUGCUACUCUACUGUAGCAACGAGUCUUACGAUGCAAUUGAAGAUGAUAUAAUCACAGAGCUAGUGAAGCAUUCUAGUCGAUGGAACAGGGUGUAUAUCCGUGUCUUCCCGCUUGCUUUAUAGGAGCUCACGAACGACUCGGGAACCUCCCUGAACUGAAGACGCUCACUUUGAAUGGCUUCAGAAACCGGGAAUUCUCCUCCGACACCGUUUCUGAUGCUCCUAAUCUCGCCUCGCUUCACUUAGACGAUGCGUGUAGAGUUUUACCCUCCAUGUUCCCGGCAUCAAACCUGCUCCAGUUUACAGGUCCAUUUCAUAAUGGUGCAGAAUUCCGCAAUUUCAUUUCUGCCGUGCCCCUUCUAGAGGUGCUGGAGGUGCAUGGGAUCGGUGAAGGUCAACACGCUCAGUCUUCCAACACAGUCGCUCCCGUCCCGGUGCCCCUGCAUUAUCUUCGCCAGCUCAGUUACCUCCCCUUCUCAGAAAAGUG